UCCGGCCAAAACCCUCGCCUCCGGUCGCCGCCAUGGCCGCGAGCGUCGAGCAAGUCCUUGGGUGGUUCCCCGGCAUCGACGCCAUCGCCAGGAUUAGGGAUGCCUCCCUCUCCGCUGUCCCGGGCUACGCCAGCGAGGACCGCAUCAGCGCCCUCCAAGACCACCUCCUCCGCGACAUCGUGUCCCGCCUCCCCGUCAAGGACGCCGCCCGCACGGCCGCGCUCGCCUCCCGCUGGCGCCAGCUCUGGCGCUCCACGCCGCUCGUCAUGUACGACGCCCACCUCCUCCCAGCCGGCGACCCCGCGCGCGUCGCCGCCGUCGCCCGCAUCCUCGCCGACCACCCGGGCCCCUUCCGCACCGUCAGCAUCACCUGCUGCAAUUUCGCGUCGCACGAGCGUGAGCUCGCCGAGUGGCCGCGCCUCCUCGCCGCCAAGGGCGUCCAGGACCUCGUCCUCGUCAACAAGCCCGCCGACGACGAACGCCUCCCCGACGUCCCCGCCGACAUCCUCCGCUGCGCCUCGCUCCGGCGCCUCUUCCUGGGAUUCUGGACGUUCCCGGACACCGGCGUCAGCCCACCCGGUGGAGGCGCAGACGGAUUUCCACACCUCCGGGAGCUCAGCUUGCUCGCCUCCAGCCCCGUUCUCGACACCCUCGCGCUCGUCCUCAGCCCAACCUGCGAGCGCGUCCACCUCCGCAGCCAAAGCCUCAAGUGCGUGCUCCUCUGGGAGUGCUUCGUGAAGGAGGUCCUCGUCAUGGACUCCCCGCUCCUGGAGCGGCUCAUUAUGUGGAAAACCAUUGAUGGUGAAGACGACCCGGUGGCUGUGAGGGUCAGCAUUGCUGACGCGCCGAAGCUGCGGGUGCUGGGUUACUUGGAGCCGAGAGUUCACCAGCUGCAGAUUGGUGAGAAUGUCAUCAAGCCUGAUACAAUGGUGAGCCCAAGCACCGUGUUUCCAAGCGUCAAGACAUUGGCCUUGAAGGUGAACUUUGGUGUCUUUGAGGAGGUCAAGAUGCUGGCCUGUGUCCUCAGAUGCUUUCCCGAAGUUGACAGGCUGCACAUCGAGUCUGUCACGGCCAAUGAACCCACUGAAUUGCACCAUGCUGAGUUCUGGCAAGAGGUCCAUCCUAUCGAAUGUGUGAAGUCACACGUCAAGAAGGUGGUUAUCCAUGAAUUCCGCGGAAAACAAAGCGAAAAUGAAUUCCUCGAGUUUGUUAGCAGCAGUGCAGAGAAGCUGCGGUCUUUGCUUGUUGUGAUUACCCAAGAAAUGUUUGCGUCGGCAUGGGAUUUCUCAAUUUCAUUGCCAAAUGAGGUGAAUGAGGUGAUUGUCAAAGCAGGGGCUCUAACGCGUGGAGCAUGGGCCUGCGAGGACUGUCAACUGGUGGUGGCGGGUCCUAAAGUGUUGGAUGGUUGGAACUUCCGCAGAGCGUCUGAUCCCUGUGUUAAGGACCCUUUCCGCUGAUGCACUUGAAGAAGCAGAGCACUCCUUCAGGUACCAUGAGCAGCUGCAAGUGUUCAAGUUAGCUGAAACUGAUGUUUAAUUUGACAUGUUAUGCACUGUGUGUGAUCAACAUUGAUCUGUCUUUGAUGCUGAUAGAAGUAAAAGACAUGCAGUUAGUUACA